ACGGCUGUUGCUUAAAACCCUAAUAUACCUUUCUCCCCAAAUUUCUUCAAUCCUUCACAUAUACUACUACUCUUCGUCACUUUCUUUGUAGAUCUUUUGUCUCAUUUUUGAAAGUAUGUCUGACGAAGAGCAUCAAUUCGAGUCUAAAGCUGAUGCAGGAGCAUCCAAAACUUUCCCUCAGCAAGCCGGUACUAUCAGGAAGAACGGUUACAUCGUUAUCAAGAAUCGUGCUUGCAAGGUUGUUGAAGUUUCAACCUCAAAGACUGGCAAGCACGGACACGCCAAGUGUCAUUUCGUUGCCAUUGAUAUCUUCAAUGGAAAGAAGCUUGAAGAUAUCGUUCCCUCUUCCCACAAUUGUGAUGUUCCACAUGUCAACCGUACUGACUACCAGCUCAUUGACAUUUCUGAAGAUGGAUUUGUGAGUCUGUUGACUGAAAAUGGUGGCACUAAGGAUGAUCUCAAGCUUCCAACCGAUGAUAGUCUGCUUACACAGAUUAAGGAUGGAUUUGCUGAAGGAAAGGAUCUUGUGGUGACAGUGAUGUCUGCCAUGGGAGAGGAGCAGAUCUGUGCUCUUAAGGAUAUUGGUCCCAAGUAAUUUUACCUUGUGUGGAUUGAGAGAGAUUUUAUAUGAAGAACUGCGUUUGCUAGAUUUGUGGUGGUGGUUAUUUAAGGAAAAAAAACUUUAUUAGGUUUCUUUUUUCUAUUUUACAAAUUUUUGUUUUGUUUUUGGUUAUUGUUGAUGUGCUAAAAAAGUCUUGAAAUUUGGGCUUGGGGAGAGGAUGGGCAAUAUGUACGUACACUUUGUAUCUCGAUAUGUUUGGGAUGCGACUUGUGUGAACUUAUGGAGUGGUUAUUCUGUUUCUCUUUGUUUCAUUUCUAGUGCU